AUGAAAGCAGGGACAAUUUCUUAUUUCGAGAGCCAUAACAGAACGGAUAGAAUUCUUGGAGCCAGGGAGAUCCAGAUCCAAGACCUGCCCCCAACACACACUAGCAGUGUGACCACAGUUGACCAGUGUCUCGGAGCUCGCCCACCCCGGGAGCUCUACAGCUCCGCUUUAGAGUGCAUCGUCUGGGAUUGGGACUCCAACGGCAAGCAUGAUUUCAUUGGAGAGUUUACCUCGACGUUCAAGGAGAUGAGAGGAGCGAUGGAAGGGAAACAGGUACAGUGGGAGUGCAUCAAUCCAAAGUACAAAGCCAAGAAGAAGAAUUACAAGAACUCUGGCAUGGUUAUUCUGAACCAGUGCAAGAUCCACAAGAUGCAUUCCUUCUUAGAUUACAUCAUGGGUGGAUGCCAGAUCCAGUUCACAGUAGCAAUAGACUUCACUGCAUCCAAUGGGGAUCCCAGGAACAGCUGUUCACUGCACUAUAUCCAUCCUUACCAACCCAAUGAAUACCUGAAGGCCUUGGUAGCUGUUGGAGAGAUCUGCCAAGACUAUGACAGUGACAAAAUGUUUCCAGCUUUUGGUUUUGGAGCCAGGAUACCUCCAGAGUACACGGUCUCUCAUGACUUUGCAAUCAAUUUUAAUGAAGACAAUCCGGAAUGUGCAGGUAAAAUCACAGUUUAA